GCUCAAUGCGCCUCGACACGUAUAGCGAGACGCGCAGUAUAUAUACAAGUCCACCGGGCAGAUCUUUCCCACUUGGAAGGUCACCACCGCCGCCAUCACCACGCAAGCGAACUCGCGGGGGGCGAAAAGGAGGACGGCGGGCAUCGCGCCAAGCAUACCCGGCAAACGGCAAGCGACCACCGCAUCGGGUCUCCUCUGCACAGCGAAGAUUUUUUGUUCACGUCCUGACAUGAAGCUCAAUUUGCUCGCUACCACCGCCAUUGUGCUCGUCGCGUUCCUCCCGAGCCGCGAAUGUCGGUCUAUUGAGAGCCCCGCCGGAGUCCAAAGUCCCAACUCCCUGCAACUGGAGCAGCGGCAACAGCAGCAGCACAGGUCGCAAUCGGGUCCGGUCCUGGAGCGCCUCGGGGAGGAGUACUUCAUCCGGCUGGGCAACGGCGACUCCAACUCUUUGCCCCCUUCGUCCAUGUACCCACUGGGGGCCGCCGGGCUCCUGAACCGGGCGCUGCAGCUCCAGCUGACUCGGCGGCUUUUGCAGGGCAAAGCGGGCAGCGUCCGAGGCGCCUUCAGGAAUGACGACGGCGGGGACUCGGCGGAGCGGGGGCGGCGGUCCGAGGACCCGCCCAUAUCCCUGGACCUCACCUUCCACCUGCUGCGGGAGAUGAUGGAGAUGUCCAAGGCGGAGCAGCUGGCCCAGCAAGCCCAGAACAACAGAAGAAUGAUGGAGCUCUUCGGGAAGUGAAGACCACACCAAAGACCCUCAAAUCCACACUUAUAAAAAAAAAAAAAAAAACAACAACUGUUUUUAUUUAUUUAUUUAUUGCUGCUUUUAUCCCGCGAUCAUUUACAGCUCAAACUGGAUGUUAAAAUGAUGUGGAAAAAAUACUUUGU